CUUGGUGUUUGCUGUUUAAUGCGGGGAGUGGGGCGUCGGGUUUGGGUUUUACUCGCGCGGAAAGAGUUGCUCGUUCCCAGAAAACCGACCCGAAAACCUUCGAUCUCAAGCAAUCCCGCCAAUCUCAUUUCUUAUGUCAAUCUCACGGAUUCACUAUAAUCCUUCUGCCUUCAUCUUUGGGAGUUCGACGCUUCGAUUCCAAAAAGAUGAAGAAGCUAAGCAAAUUUCAUCUGGCGGUGUUAGGGUUGAUUGUCGGUUUAACAAUUCACGCACAUGGAGAGUCGUCAACGUGCUUGAUGGUGUACAGAGAAGGCGGUGCUCCGGCGGUGUUUCGGUCCCCAAAGUGCCCCCGAUGGAAGCUAUCGAGUUUCGCCAAGCGACGGCCGUGGGCGUCGAGGUGCGAAUCGGCGAUGCAUCAGGGGCAACGGAACUAUCAGGAGGAUCGUACUUUCUGCAUUCUCGAUAUUCCCAUUCCCUUUCCCGGGCCUACUGGGAUUAGAGAGGUUAAAGUGGGUAUAAUGGCUGUUUUUGAUGGUCAUAAUGGUGCUGAAGCUAGUGAGAUGGCAUCAAAGCUGUUGCUGGAGUAUUUUAUGUUGCAUACAUAUUUCCUUCUGGACAUGACAUUUUUUCCAUCUGCUAAUAAACACUUGGGGAAGUUGCCAGAUAUCAGAGACCAGGAUUUUACUUUUCAAGCGCCCAAUUGGGAUGAUGCACUCGAUGGGCACGUGUUGGAUCGAAUAAGGUUUAGGCUUACAUCAUCAACAGUAUCUAGUGGAUCUUUUUACUUGGAAAUUUUGAAGGAAUCACUGCUAAGGGCAAUUCAUGAUAUUGACUCAACAUUCACUAAGGAAGCAUCUAGAUAUAAUUUGGAUUCAGGUUCUACAGCAACAAUUAUACUUAUAGCGGACGAUCAAUUCUUAGUUGCUAAUGUUGGAGACUCGAAGGCUCUUUUGUGCUCGGAAGAAUUUCAGUCUUUAUCAGAGGCUAAAGCCACUUUUUUAAGGCUGUACAAGCGGAGAAGAGAUAAUCAUGCUAUUCCACCCAUUAAAUAUAAUGAUCUAGUCAAAUUGGGAGAUUCCAAUGGUGUAGUUCACUUUUCUGUAAAGGAACUAACAAGAGAUCAUCACCCAGACAGAGAUGAAGAGAAAUCCCGAGUAGAAUCAGCUGGGGGUUAUGUUCUUGAGUGGGCUGGGGUAUCAAGAGUUAAUGGUCAGUUGGCAGUUUCACGAGCUAUUGGUGACAUCUCCUUUAAAAGUUAUGGUGUUAUAUCUGCACCUGAGGUGACUGAUUGGCAACCUUUGAGUUCCAAUGAUAGCUACCUGGUAGCUGCAUCUGAUGGAAUUUUUGAACAGCUGAGCCCACAGGAUGUUUGUGAUCUAUUAUGGGAAUCACAAUCUGACGCAAUUGUGAGAUCAGAACUUCCUACACCUUGCUCUUACUCUUUAGCUGAUUGCAUAGUGGAUAUUGCACUAGAAAAAGGUACUGUAGAUAACAUGGCAGCUGUUAUAGUUCCACUUAGAUCAACUGGUUCUUCGCCAAUGUUGCUGGAAGAAAGCCCAGAUAGAGUCGGGAAUAUUGAUCAGUCAGCUUUUGGAGUGCAAAAAUUCAUCAAGGAAGAGUCAGCAGAAGCGAAGCAUGCUCAUCCUGUUGCUGCCAAGUUUGACAGGUUAUUGAUUGAAGGAAAGCACGGUAUGGCUGGCUGUUUUUAUCUGUCCGAGAACCUUAAUGAGGAUGUGGAUUAUACCUUCUCAGUUAAAAAGGUUGACCAGCAAGAUAUGUUUGACCAACCACAGUCUAUACCUGAGGCACUUAAUAAGCAUUGUGAUGGCCCUUUAAAUUUGUACAACGACCAGAACGUGUGCAUGCACUUUGGAAUGACUGUCAAUGGGGAUAGUGGUAAAUGUAUAAAUCCUGAAGGCUUUGCUGGUUUUCUUGGUUUUCUUGAAUCAAUUCCCAUUCCCAAUUUUGGUUCAGAAGAUGAAUCAGCUGAGCAUGCUAUGCCUGACUCGAGGUAUGUUUUAAAGAGGCGGUUUGAUCGUGGAGCAUUCGGAGAAGUUUGGCUGGCAUUUUAUUGGAAUUGUACCAAAGCCAACAACUCUUCAAAUUGGGAUCUGGAAGAUGGAAAGUUUUCUUUUUAUUCUAUUGACCGUGAUCCCUACGAUGGUAGUAAUUCAGAAACAAGCUCAUCUUCCCUAGGGGAUGGUAUGUUCAUACUAAAGCGUAUAAUGGUUGAGAGAGGGACCGGUGUCUACUUAAGUGGCCUACGGGAGAAAUAUUUUGGUGAAGUUUUCUUAAAUGCCUCUUCUGGUCUCGGAGGUUUUUUGUCAUCAGGAAUGCCAGAAACAGUCCUCAAAGAAUCACAGUCAGAUCUGUAUGAGUAUUUGCAAACAAAUGAAUCUGCUGCUCAUGAGAUUGGAGGCACAUCGAAUUUGGGUAGUACAUCCAAAAGUGGAAAAAGACUGCACCGAGUUGCUGAUGAAGAAGGUUUAAAUCAUAUAGCAAGAUAUGUGGAGUCUUUUGAGUCUCGAUCUAAUGAAAUUUGGCUUGUAUUUCGCCAUGAAGGCUUGUCCUUGUCAAAGCUUUUAUAUACAGCAGAAGAAGUUGAAAACAAUGCUGAUGACGACCAGAAUAAACAUGCUAAACAUGUCCAGAUGUUGCGUCCAUCAAAAUGGUGGCACUGGUUGAAGACAACGGAGACAGGACAAGAGGAAAUGCGCAAUCUUAUAUGGCAAUUGUUGAUGGCUCUCAAAUCCUGCCAUGAUCGCAAUAUCACCCACAGGGAUAUUAAACCAGAGAACAUGGUCAUUUGCUUUAAGGAUCAGGACACUGGGAGAUGCUUGAGAGGAGUUCCAAGUGGAGACAAGAAAUUUGCAACACAAAUGCGCAUUAUUGACUUUGGUAGCGCGAUGGAUGUCUUCACGGUGAAGCAUUUGUAUGGUUUAUUUGGACCUUCUAGAGCUGAACAGACUUACGAAUAUACUCCUCCAGAAGCUCUUCUGAAUGUUAGUUGGUACCAGGGACCAAUGGAAAGAACCAUGAAGUAUGAUAUGUGGAGCACAGGUGUUGUUUUCCUAGAAUUGAUUUUAGGAUCCCCAGAUGUGUUUCAGAUAAGCACUUUGGCACGUGCUCUUUUGGACCAGCAUCUUGAAGGUUGGAAUGAAGGAUUGAAGGAGCUUGCCCAUAAACUUCGAUCGCUUAUGGAAUUGUGCAUCCUGAUUCCUGGAAGUUCCUCAAAAAACCAUCGCAGUUUGCGUAUGAAGGGUGGGGAUGCAGUUUCACCCGCUUCUUGGAAAUGCUCUGAAGAGUAUUUCUCUCAACAAAUAAAGAAUCGAGAUCCUCUCAAAAUAGGGUUUCCUAAUGUUUGGGCUCUGCGACUAGUGCGCCAAUUAUUAGUUUGGGAUCCUGAUGAUCGGUUAAGUGUUGACGAGGCUUUACAACAUCCGUAUUUCCAGCCCCAAGGAUGAGAUGGUGGAAUGCUGCAGUUUUAUGCCACUUGUCAGGCAUUCUCACUUGUAUGUGGCAAAGGUGUUUAUUUUCUGUACUAACUAAUAUAGGAGACUGUCCUACUUUAAUACGACCAUUUAUUCAAUCAUAAAAUUAUUUUUGCCGUGAUGUUUGAGGUUCUAAAGCAGAUUUUUCCUGGGAUGAGCAUGAGGGAACCGUCCAAGGGGGGACUGCUGCAAUAUGGGUUACACAUCGGAGCAGCUGCUGGAGAAUUUGAAGUAUUGCUUUUAAUCCAGAUUCCAGAACUUUGGGGUGGUAUGCUUUGGUUCUACCGCAAUUACCAUCUUCUCGUGAACUUACCGCUAAGAAAUUAUAUCAGCUGGAAUUUUGACAUAAAGAGGAACUUGUGUAGUCUAGUGUAAAUCCUUUGGCAUAAGAUAUUGAACCUCGUAUUCGUUUUUGUUUUUGUUUUUGUUUUUGUUUUGGUGCCCCUAACUUAGCUAGAGUGAACAUAGGCAUAGAUGAUAUUGCUACAGUAAAAGUGUGUAUUUGACCUUAGAUACAGUAUAUAAUAUAUACACAUUUUUCAUA